UUCACGUCCGUCUUCACUUCAGCUUUUCUGAGCGAGAGCAAGUACGGUGCUUGGGCCACAGACCCAGACCAAGCUGAACAGCUUUCCCGGAAGCCUCUGCCCUCCUUUAAAGUCCCGGGACCUGGAUCCUCUAGGGUGCUGCUCCAGAGUUUAUCCACCAAAAGUCCUUAUAAUUUAACAGAAGUGGCUCACACGACGUUCUGAUCCCGUUUUCUAGAUUGGUCCUUAGAAGAGAAAAAGCGAAAGCCCAAGACAGGGAGCAGAACAACCAGCCCCAUGCCGGUGACCUCCGUGGAGGAGAGAAAUGAUCCUGAGCCACAACCAGAUAAUGGACUCUUUUCAAGACCCUGGCCCUUUCCUCCCCCCAAGCCGCCCAGGCUCUAUAGGAUGCAGCUCCAUGGACCCUCUGUGCUAGAGUCCAAGGUGAGGGCUUUGAAAGAAAAGAUGACAGCGGGUAAACAGGGAGUGAGCCCCACCACCCAUGAACAAUCAUCCCCCAAGAAAUCCACAUGCCAACGAGUCAAGCCUGGGAGAGACCGGAUAUCAGAAGACUCCUCCCUUUCAGAAUCUGUGGUGGUGCCCUAUGUUCAGAACCUACCUGGUGGGCAUCUGGGCAGCAGUGUCAACAAGGAAGAACCCAUGAGGAAUGGGGGCUCCAGGCCUCUGUCCUCUGCCCCUGAGCUUGAGUGUCGGAAUGGGCAGAGCCCGUUGCCUCCAGAAGUGGUGUGGUUAGUGCCAGGCCGUGAGAGGGAUCUACCACCAGGACCUGACUCUUCAGCAGAGAGCCCUAGCCAUGGAGUUUCUCCAGGCUGUCCAGCAGAGCCUGGUCCUUGUAAAAUCGCCUGUAUCCCCAGCCUGAAGAAAGGAAGGCCAGACUCCCUUCAAGAUGGUCUGGUUACGGUGGGAGACUUGGACAGCACAUCCCUGAUCCCUGAGAAGGCCUUUGUCCCAAGAACAGCCCCGCUGGGGACACUCUGGAAAGCUAGAGACCUGGGGACUCUGGGCAUCGGGGGCAAUGCCUUGUCCUUGACUGACCAAGUAGAGAGGAACCGCCUACUGCUGCAGGAGAUGCUAAAGGUUUCAGAACAGAGUUCCCCCAAGGUAGCACCCCCAGCCUGGGCUCCAUCCUGGGACAGAACUGCACCAGAACGACCAGCAGGGGACGUGGGCUGGGAAUCCGGCAUUUUCCUGCAGGACUCAGAGCAGAACAGGACCUUUGGUCCCAAGCCGGAAGCUGUGCUGAGCACCAGGCAUGAGGAAGCCAAACAUUUGCUGCAGCAUUCCCGCAUGAAGGCCAGGACCCGGCCCCUGCGUGCCAGCCAUGAUAUUGUGCCCACCAUUGCUCCGGGCAGCCGAGAUGGCCGGAGAAGUCCAGCCCUGGGCCCCAGGACGACCUUCGCCUGUGGAGACAGCCUCCAGAGCGGGAGCCCGACUGCCCCUUCCAGUGGGGAGUCCAGCAGUGGGCAGUGGCCCAAGCGGGGCCUGUCCCCAUCGCACGUCCGCUUUGAGGAUGAACCUGCGUAUGAAGCUGAGUUCCGCCACCUGAAGCGGCUGCAGCAGUACCAGCACCAGGUGCUGAGCACAGUGCUGCAGGCCGCGGGCCAGGGCCCCCUGCGCUCCAAGCCGGACCUUGCAGACUACAUGAACCAGAAAGUAGCGAUGGGCACAUUCCACAGGCUCAGGGAGAGCCAGGACCGCAGAGGCCACGCUCCGCUACCACCCAGCGGGGCCAGUGAGAGGAAGUUCCAGGCCUGCAGCCACUGUCCAGAGAGCCAACGCCCAGACCCAGGGGUCCUCGAGGAGCUCCAGGCUGCCUGUGGGGUGGAGGGCACACUGUGUGUGUCCCACAGCUCCCGUGGCCUGAGUUCCCCAUUCCAGCUCCUCCUUGCUGAACCGGGGCUCCACACAGAAAGGCUCCGGGAAACACAUGCUGGAGAGACCACCACAAGCCCUGAGGAGGGGGACUCUGCUCUGGAUAGUACGGACACCUCAGAUGGCUGCCGGACCGACAGGGAGGAAGCCGGGACCUCUCUGCCCAACAGAGCAGGCAGGCAGACUCGAGGCAGUAAUCCCAGACAGCGGGACUCCAGGCCUCAAGGAGGCCUCAGGUGGUCCAGGAAGGCCAAGACGGAGCUGCUGUGCGGCCUUCAGGCCUGGCGUCACUCGCUAGGAGUAGACGACAUGGAGGUGGGAGAUGAAGUAAAAGAAGUCGCAGGACACAGGCCUGUGGGGACUCAGUUUCUGAAAGAAGAUGCUGUCCCUAAGCCUCCUCCCUUGGAAUCUGAGAUGGCUUUCCUGGGGUCCCAGAGGCAGCCUGGACCAGGGCUGGGAAAUAACCAGGCUUAUCCUGUGGACUUCAGGGCUCCAUGCAAGCCACCCUCUUCUACAACAUCUUCCAUGAAGCUAGCACCUUCCAGGUCAGGCAGAGCAGACCAGGUUACAGAAAGCCAUGAAUAUCUGGAAACAGUUCACACUUCCUCCCUGCAACAAAAUCAUGCACAUCCCACUGCUUCCAACCCAACCCUGCAGCCAGCCACUUCCCCUCCCCCUGAAGGCUGGAUAUCAUUAAGAGCCACCUCCCCUGUGUCUCAUAGGAAUGCAGGGAUGGCUGGACCCUGCAGGCCAGGGGAACAGGAAGAACCUGUGGGUAUCCCCUUGCCACUGUCUCCUCCAAGAACUGUGGUUCUCAGGACCUGUGGGCUCAGUCCACCACAGACCCAGCCCAGCAUCCCCCAAGUCAGGCACCCACUGCUGGGCCUAUCUUCCAACAACCGCAACAGCUGCAUUCCUGUGGGGCAGCAGGAGCCCUGGGAAAUGGCUGUCCACAGGGGCAGGGAGGAGAGGGACCCCUGCGACCAGGAGCCAGAUCCACCCUUGGAAAGCAGCAGAGAUGGAGGACACCAGGGCCCUCUUGGCUUAGCAGAUGUUGCCACCUUCAACUCCGUGGGCAUCACCCUCACCCUGACCUCAGAAGAGCCCGAGUCCUGCCAGGAAGCUGAGGAAGACCUGCAGAGGGCAGAGUCCAGUUCUGGGAGGCACAUGCUGUCCGGAGCAUUGCCAGGGACCAGAGCAGGGGCCAGCGCAGGGCCCAGGCCACCCUCAGCUGCCCCUUCUGACAGGCAGAAGAAAAGGAGCAGCAUCGCCUCCACCCUGGGACUGAAAAAGCUCUUCUCGGCCCUGGGUCAGACUUCCCGGCCCAAGUUGGGCAAGUCCCGCAGCCGCAGCGUGGAGCACCUGCAGCCUGAUGCACCUGGUUCGGCCUCACACACCAGCGCCCCCAAAGUAAAGAGAGCCCCAUCAUUACAGUCCUUCCAUCUGGUGUCAUCCUCCCGCCAACAUCAGAAAGCUGCCUCCUUUCAGAACCUCCAUUCUCUGCUGAGUGGCAGGGGGAACCGGUCCAGCCUCUACCUGGUAGAGGGCCCAGAGUACCCCAGUGCACCUGGCAGACUAGCCAAGGCCCCGCCCCGGCGCGCCCUCAGCGUGGAGGACGUGGGUGUCCCCAGCCUGGCUCGCACUGUGGGCCGCGUGGUGGCGGUGUUCCCGGAUGGCACAAGCUUGCUGCAGCUGCAGCGGUCCCCUGCGGGCACCUUCGGCUUUCGUGUGGGCUCCGGGAAGGGGCGCAGGGACUCAGCAGAUACAUGCAGAGCACCUACAGACUGUCAUGGCUUUGGGGGUCACAGAAGCACAGGAAAUGGACAAAUCCCUGACCUCCUGAGCACACACUCGAGGUUACGUCUGCAACAAGGUUACCUUACGUAUGACGUCAGGUAGUGACGCGGAGAGUACUGAGGCAGACGCUAGUGCGGGCAGGCUUUCUCGAGAAGAUGACACUUGAGUGGAGGUGGGGCUGGAGUGGGGAGGACCAAGAGGAGUGGGGAGGACCAAGAGGCUGUGGGAGAAGAGCCUUCCAGGCAGCGGAACAGCAGGCGCUAAGCCCUGAGCGGGGAAUGAGGCUCGGCUGCCGGGGAGCUGCAAGGAGGUCGGGCUGGGAGAUGGGCCGUACCACCCUGGGGUGCUGGGUGUCAGUCACCCGAGGAUUUAGAGCAGAUUCGUUGUGAGCAGGGUGGGGGUGGCUGAGUUAAAAACAGACCCUAGUGCGAAAAGGUAGACCGGGCAGACAGCUUUAAAGCUAUUUCCUUAUUUUAGGAGGGAGACGAUGGCAGCUACGGAUGUGGUGAGGAAGGGGUUGUGCAGGUAGCUUUGGCUGGGUUUGCUGAAGGACUGGACAUGCACAUGAGAAGACAGGUCUCCCCCACGCUGGACCUGCGCAGGGUAAAAUGUCAGUCUUCACAGGGAGAUGACAUUUGCGGCGCACUCUCCGGUGUCGGAGAGGCCCUCCCAGGCUGACUGCUGGAAGUCAGUGAGGAAACAGCAAGUACUGCGCCACCUGUGUCCUGGGGGACCUUGAGCAGGUGACCAACCCCUCUGGCCUCAGCUCCCAAAUCUGUAGAAUGAGGACAACACCGCCCACCUGGAAGAGGCAUGGAGAACAUUUUACGAGGUUCAAAAUGCAGUGCCUGGCUCUUCUUCCUCUCCCUUUUCAGAAGGAGAAGGUAAACUGAGCGGACAGUACUCGACAGGGCCCAGCAUGAUGGCCGUCGCAUGUCAGCAUGAGGGCAGACCCUACAGGGUGCUGCACCCUUCUCUCCCACCUCCCCAGUCGCUUGGGCGCCUCUGGAGGCAGUGGGAGCCCCUCCCCCACCUGCCAUGGAGUUUUGGUGGGCGGGGUCUGAGGACCACGGGCUCCUGGGGCUCUGUCCUACCCCUGCUACCACAGUGCUCCUUGCUGGCUUGUCUUGCCCGGGUGAGGCCCUGCCGCUGCUGCUGUAGUUGGCAACUGACGUCAUGCAGAGGUCCCCACGCGCACACAGAGUGAGCAGUUGCUGGUGCACCUCACCAGGACCCUCCCAGCACCUGGGGUCACAUCUCCUGGGCCUCGGAGGGCGGUGAGCUGGGGCAGGUCUGGCUCCUUGGUGAAGUGUCAGGAUGAUGCUGUUAACUUGUUGGCUAUCGUAUUCUGUUUCCAUAUGAGCCCAUGAGAACAGCAGGCUUUGCCUUCUGCUCCUAAUUGGCCAGUGUAUCCUCACAAAGACCACCUCCAGCAGAUAAUAAAUGCCCACAGCAGACUGUCUGUCAUAUCUUUGUUAUGACUGUCGGUUAUGAAACCUACACAGGUCUCCCUAAAAUGGCCAGUGAUGUCAGUGUCUGGUCAGGCUCAGCUGCAUUCUUUUGAGUUUUAUCAUUAUCCCAUCUGACUCUCCUGCUGCGCAUCAGACACUUGUCAGGGUUCACUGGGUGCCCCCUCACCUCCCUCUCUCAGUGCCACCUGUGUAGGGACAGGGCAGGCAAGCUGCUACACCGCCUGAGAGAGGAGGGAAAAGGUGGGCCAAAGCCUGUGCAGCCAGGACGGAGACACACUUGGUCAGGGGACGUCAGCCUUAGCUUGGGUAAGAAGCUGUGAAAAGGAGUUGAGCACUCAGAGCAGGGAGAGGGAAAAUCUAUAAAGACUGGCUUUGCUAAACAGAGCUGAAGACCACUGGGUGCCUCUGUGAAGGAGGAGCAGACACCCAUGCACUUGCAGACCUCUGAACCUGUCAUGGUCAGAGCUGAACAGGGUGCCCUGAGGCCUGCUAGGCCAAGCAGGACUGCUCAUGGGUCAAAGAUGCAGAAAACGGUGUCAGGCCAGAGGCUGAGCAACCAGACCAGAUAGCUUUCUGGGUCCCUGCAAAGCACUGAGCCUAGGAAAAGGCAGUGGGGCCAGACUGCAUGGGUAGUUCUUCCUGUUUCUCAGGCAGAGCUGCCUGAGCCUGGGCAGGGCAGCAGUGAAUGCUAAGCUGCCCCAGUGAAUUCACUGGUGUUAUCAGCUGCAUGAAGGUCACCACAAAAGAUCAUCCUGUGCUAUUCUCCAGCAGACCUAGCUGUGCCCUAGACCCCGAACAUGGCAGUAGGCUCCAGUGCCGGGGAGACCCCGUGCUGCAUUUAAUUUCUCAGGUGGGUGCAGCUGACAGAAUUUGAGAGUCAGCUCCAGCCCAGAGACCUGAAGGCGUCCCUGAGAAGCAGCCAGGGGACAGUUUCAGAGAAGCAGGCUCCCCCAGGGUCACUUGUACCUUCCAGACCAGGGACUAAUCGGCUAGGCAGAGCUAUUUCUAGGUGGUGGGGGGAGAAGAGUGAGCCACGGCUCUGAAGUGUUUUUCCCUAAGUGAGGCACUGUGCGUAAGACUGAGCCCCAGGUCAGUCCUGGACAGUACUGUAAGGCAAAGGAUUUGGCCUCACCUGUUUUCCCUACCCCAGUGACAUUGUCCCGCCCACCGCAGCCCUUGUGCUGUGCCUACUAGGUCUAUUUAUGAGUUCCACCUAGCAGGUACUUUUUCAUUUUAAAAAAAACUUUCUUUUCUGCAA